UGUGUUCUGUGGAAAACCAAUUAAUUUAAGGAAAAAAGGAUGAUAAAAGUUAUCUAUUUUACGUCUACAAUAAAGCAGGAAGUAAGAAUGACUUAACAAAUUUUCCUUCUGAAAUGCAUGAUUGAUAAAAGGAGAAAAUGACACUUUAAAUAUUCCUUUUUCGAUAACUUGUAUCAGUUACUUUGUUCUGAAAAGUUCACUAAAAGUCUUCAUAAUGGCAUCCAAACCAAAAACCUUUAAAAAGCUAAUGGUGCAGAAAUUGACUUCGAACUUUCGGGAGGCUGUUUCGAUUGAGACUGUCGACAUGUGCCAUCCAAAAAAGGGAGAAGUAUGCGUUAAAAACAAAUAUGUUGGCAUUAAUGCAACAGAUGUUAAUUUGACGAAAGGUCGAUAUUUAGUUAGUGCCAAAGUGCCAUUUGGCGUUGGAUUUGAGGGUGUUGGUGAAAUAGUGGAAAUUGGAGAAACUGUUGAAAAUUUUAAAGUUGGACAAAGUGUAGCGUACAUGGAUGUUCGAUGUAAUGCUUAUGCUGAAUAUGUGUGUCUGCCUGCGCAAGAGGUUCUUCCCAUUCCUAAAACUAUUCCUGAUUAUUUGGCAUUAUUGGUAGCAGGUCAGACAGCUGCAAAGGGUUUAGACAGAGCUGCUCGAAUUACAUCUGGAGAAACGGUGCUUAUUACUGCAGCUGCGGGUGGUACUGGUCAUAUUGCAGUGCAAUGGGCUAAAGCGGUUGGCUGUCAUGUCAUUGGCACAUGCUCAUCGGAAGAAAAAGAGAAAAUCUUAAAGGAACUUGGAUGUGAUCGGAUUAUCAACUACAAGAAAGAAGAUUUGGGAGAAGUACUAUCCAAAGAAUAUCCGAAAGGAAUCAACGUGAUAUGGGAAACAAUCGGAGGAAAGGUUUUCACAGAAUGUCUAAAACAUCUGGCUAUCCGUGGAAGGUUGUUGAUUGUCGGCGGCAUAUCUGGUUAUAAAACAGAAAAUAAAGAAGCCCUUACGAAAGUAGACUUGUCAAAUUUGCCUUCACAACUUCUUACUAAAUCUGCGACUGUCCAGGGUUUUCUCUUCACCCAGUACCCUGAUGAAGAGGGUUACUAUUUCAAAUACUUGAGCGAAAGUCUUGAAAGUGGAAAGUUGACUGUUGUAUGUGACAAUGGAGAAAAAACGACGGGAAGUGAAUUUUUUGGCGUAGAAGGUAUUAUCAAAGCAGUGGAGCAUUUGCAUUCUGGGAAAAAUAUUGGAAAAGUAGUUGCCCGUGUUUCGUGAACUGUAGCUGGUUUGCACGACAAGAUUUUCUAGCAACAAUUCAGUAUCUAUCAAUCAAUGUUUGAUUCUAGACGAGAGGCGUAAACUCGUUAUAUGUUGAUUUGUUUCACAAUUAUCAAAUAUUCAAGAAUAAAAUUGUAUAUAUUUUGAAUUCUUUGUAGUUAUUUCAAUAAAAUUGACAGAAAUGCU